AUGAAAGAUCAGACCGCCGAGCUGAGCAAAUACUUCGCGAGCUAUCAUCGCUGGGAGUGCCCAGAAGCAAGAACAUCGAGCACUCACUGUCAAAUCUUCGGCACAAAAGACGGGCCACUGCUGAGAAAGAGACAGACGAACCGCGUCCUGUUCUACGCGGGAUGCUUCAACUCCCCUCACUUCGGCCAGCUCAGCUUCCUCCGACGCGCUUUCGAGGGAACCCACGACAUCAACGUCAUCGCCGCCGUCAUCCUGCCCCUCGACUCCCACGGCCUCCGGUCCAAGCGCAGGGUCAACGGCCAGGACCUGAUCCUUUCCAAAUCCGAUCGCGUGCGGUUGUGGCGGUCGGACGCCAGGAUACUGCCCGAGUGGUGGGUCUACGACGGCACCGUCAACGAGUGGGAUAUCAUACGGGACAAGGUGGAGGAGGCCAUCGAACGGGACGGGUUCGACUUUCAGUUCGUCGCCAUGUCUGGACCCGACCACAUCUCGAGAUUCAAAACAUACUCAGGGUGGAGUUGGAGCUGCUUCGAGACCGUCACUAGCGACGCCGGGAGACACAGCGACCUCGUCAAGCCCGACGGGUCUCUCUACACCCUUUCAGGUGGCUUUUCACCCUAG